AUGAGCGGCUGCACCGGGAGGAGUCUGCUGGAGCAGGAUGUGAGCUCCCAGCCCAGGAUUGCUGUUGGGCAGGCGGCUACAGAACACUCCCUUGUGAACACUUCCACCACUGCGGAGCCUUCCAAGCCUACCUCCUGCUGUGUGGUGAUCUACCUGCAGCGGGAGAUUGGGGGGGGGGGGGACACAUGUCUAUGCCCAGCCUCAGGUGCCAAGCCCAAGCUAAGUGGCUUCAAGGGAGGAGGGCUGGACAACAAGUACGUGCAGCUCAAUGUAGUCGGCUCCCUGUACUACACCACGGUGCGGGUACUCACCCAACGUGACACCAUGCUCAAGGCCAUGUUCAGUGGGCGCAUGGAGGUGCUGACUGACAAAGAAGGCUGGAUCCCCAUAAACCGAUGUGGAAAGCACUUUGGCACCAUUUUGAAUUACCUCCGAGAUGACCCUAUUACCCUCCCUCAAAACCGGCAAGAAAUCAAAGAAUUGAUGGCUGAAGAAAAAUAUUACCUCAUUCAGGGCCUGGUGAACAUGUGCCAGACUGCCCUGCAGGACAAGAAGGACUCCUACCAGCCUGUGUCCAACAUCCCCAUCAUCACAUCCCUGAGGGAGGAGGACAGGCUCAUCAAAUCCUCCACCAAGCCCAUGGUGAAGCUGCUGUACAAUAGAAGCAACAACAAGUAUUCCUACACCAGCAACUCUGAAGACCACCUGCUGAAAAACAUACAGCUGUUUGACAAGCUGUCCUUGCGCUUCAGUGGCCGCGUGCUCUUCAUCAAGGAUGUCAUCGGUGAUGAGAUCUGCUGCUGGUCCUUCUAUGGCCAGGGUCGUAAGCUGGCAGAGGUGUGCUGCACGCACUCCAUCGUGUAUGCCACAGAGAAGAAGCAGACCAAGGUGGAAUUUCCAGAGGCCCGAAUCUAUGAGGAGACACUCAAUGUCCUUCUACUCUAUGAGACCCCCCAAGUCCCUGACAACUCCUUGUUGGAGGCCACAAGCCGGAGCCGCAGCCAGGCUUCCCCCAGUGAAGAUGAGGAAGCCCAUGAACUGCGGGAUCAUGUGCGCCGCAUCCAUGUCAAGCGCUAUAGCACCUACGAUGACCGGCAGCUCGACCGCCAAUCUGCACAUCGUGACUGAUAAGACCUUCAAGGAGAUGGGGCACAGGAGGCCCUGUCUCCUGCCCUCUGCAGCCCCACACUGCAACUGCCUGGUUGUCUGCUCCAGCACUCAGAAACAUGACAGGCCCUUCCUGUGAAAUCAAGGGGCCUGGGCUGGGAAGGGCCCAUUCCCUGGCCCUGACUGUUGAGCACUACCAGAUCCAUCUCCCUUCCUGUCCAGCAAGGAGCUACUUCUGUUGUGGGGUGAGCUGACCAGCCUCCCUCCUCCUGCUAAGCACAUUCCCCUCUGGGCCCUAUGCUGAGUGCCCUUCCUCAGCGGAUCCCCACAGGAAUGGCUUCAUUCUGGGGGAAAGCCUGCUUCUGGUGCUGUGGAGGCCCAGUCUUUAUCACAGGUGGGGCUUCUUUUUCCCUAAGGUGUUGAAGCACAGGUUUGAUGAGCUUGAU